AUGGACGACUUGCCCGUCGAGAUGACAGAGGACGAGUUCAUCGACAAGGGCGCGAGUUACUACAUGGAUCUUCCCCUUCAAUACGCCGUUGCGAGGGCCUAUUCGCGCAUCAUGCUUGACGGAGAGGAUUUUCCGUUGGAUGAGUGGUCUCUUUUUGAACAGGUCCCGGAGCUGAUGGAUUGGGAGUUUUCUCAUGGGACUUGUCAUGUCAAGGGCUUGAUCGAGUUUUGCUGCGGGCAUGUUGCUAGGGUGUAUGAGGAUUGGGAGUCGGGGAGGGAUGCGGAGGUCACUCUUGUGUGA